ACUAGAUCAACGGCCAGUAAUAUGGUUGGAGAGAGUAAUAAAAAUUGGAUUUUUGCAUCAGUAAGUAAUAUGUUGGAGAGAGUAAUAAAAAUUGGAUUUUUGCAUCAGUAGCAGGGGCUUAAAAGUCAAAACAAAGAAAAGCCGGGGCUUAAAAACAGAAAAAAAAGAGGAUAGCUCAUGGCUGGAAGAGGGGGAGACGAGGAAGGGUUCCUUUCCCCACGAGCUGCUGCGUCAGGUCUGCUAUUACUCCGAAAAAAAAGAGAGAGUAGUCUUCCGCUAUAAAAAACGACCCCGACACCUCUGCCUCUUGCCGUCCGUCCAGCUCCCCGCGUCCCAAGCCCAACCCCACCAGGCAGCAGCACACUCCAGUACCGUCCAGUCCUCUCGCACUAGCCAUGGCUCUCGCCGGCGCCGCCACCAUCCUGCUCCUCGUCUUGGCGCUCGCCGCCGCCGCUUCCGCGGCCACCCCAGCCCCGGCGCCGGCGGUGGACUGCCAGGAGGCGUUCCUGGCCCUCAGCGACUGCCUCGACUACGUGCAGCCCGGCAGCAGCACGGCGCGGCCGGGCAAGACCUGCUGCGGGGAGGUGAAGACCGCCGUCAGCAACCCCGGCAUCGUCGACUGCCUCUGCGCCGCCAUAGCCUCCAAACAGGUGCAGCUGCCGGUCAACAUGACCCGGGUGCUCGCCCUCCCCGCCGCUUGCGGCGGAUCCAACGCAGUCUUCAGCAAGUGCCACGUUAUGCCGGGUGGUGCUCCUACUGAAGCACCUGCACCUUCACCAUCUGCCGGGGGGCCAUCCAGCAGCGGCGGCGCGACUGGUUCUCCACCAAAGGCCGCCGCGACGCGCUCUCCGGUCAUGGCGACCCUCCUCGUGGCAACCGUGGCGGCUCCGCUGCUCGCCUUCUAUUACCUCUGAGGACUGAUCUAUCAGCCUCGCAUGCAUCUGAUGCAUGUUGUGUCCUCCAGACUUUGUGACUCUUGUGACAUGAGCUGUUGCGCCUUUUGUGGCCGUAAUCUGAAUUUACCCUGUUCGUCGGAACAGGCUUUGUGUGUUACUGUUACCAGGAUUUGCUGUGCCCUUAAUUCAGUAGUAGUACCACUAUUCGAUACUUGCAUGUUAUGACAGUUUGCUGAAAUAAUUCGG